AUGCAAGUGCGCUCUAUUGAGACGCGGUAAAAUAAAAUUUGGUUCCUAAUUGUAACUUUGAUUUUCAGAAUUUUAUGAAGUUUUCACCUGUUUUCAGCUGAAUCCGGCCAAAUCACUUUGAAAUUUUUAGCGAAAGUAAGUUCUCUUUUUUUCUAAAUGUUUUGCAACACAAAAAAUGUGAAAAGUACAAAAAUGUUCCCUCAAAAGUCAUCUGUCAGUCUCAGCCCACAGUCUAUCCAAAAAAAUUGAAAAAAUAAAGCUCUUCUGCGCAACCGGGUGUUUUUUGCGAUAAAAAACAAAAAAACAUCUGUUGCGAACCCAAUUUCUGCUCAAAUUCGCUUCGCGGACCCUCGUUCCCGUCUCGCUCCCCACCAAAACAUUGUGUUUUCUGCGAACGAAAGUCAUGAAAACAAAUGGAAUAGAGCUGAAUUCGCAGUUAUUAGUGUUGAGACUUUUUGAGAGACGUGUCUUCGUCCAUAUUCUCGAAUUUCCAUCUUCUGACCGACUCGCUCGGCCAGGCUCUUUUUCAUUUCUCCUGACUCACAUGAUUGGCUCCACUUCGGGCCCAUCUCGACAUUCUCCUUUCGCCCAAAAUAAUAGAGCGAUGUGCUGAUGUCAUCGCGUCGCUCAUUCCUUUCUCUUCUUCUCCCUCUAUUAGUAUGACAACUCAAACUCCGCCCAUUUCGUUGUUAACUUCUUCCUUUCUUCGUCGUUGGCAGGAUGUAUCAGAGAGUAUCUGCCGCUGAAUCCUAUCGACUUUUUCUUUUUUUCUUCUUUUUCCGUCUGCUUUUUGCCGUCAUUGUGUGUGUUAGAAAAUUUGAGGUUGGAAGACGUUUGAGACCUCGAAGCUUCAGAGAUCACGUGAAUUAAUCCAACUUGGAUUUAGCUCAUCUCCAGAGGCCUGAUCUCACACACCUUCUUUCCCGUGUGCACUAAUAUCUCCAUUAAUACUUGCAGAUUAUAUCUAACCUGCCCGGGGGAUACAUUGCACUACUUUCCUUUCUUUAUUUCGCCUCCCCAAUUAGCACAGCAACGCUUCCAAGAAUCUGAUUCUAGAGUGUAGACAGAUAAUAACAUAAUAACUAUUAUUCAAAACAGUCGCCCCACGCGCACUUUCUUUGUGUUCAUAUUUCCUCUACCUAUUUCUCUGUAUCGUUCCGAUUUACAAGUCCAUUUUUCUCUUUCUCUCUCUCUCUCUCUCGCAACUAUAUAGUUUCGAUUCGACACCUCUCGUUUCCGCAAAAAAGCCACAAGCGGACGAAGAAUAAGAGGGCAGCACACACUCAAACACACACAAGAGAACAGUCGGAAACAAGGGUCUGUCGCCUCCGCUCUCUCAUUUCUUGCCUCCGUCCCGUCUUUUCACUCCUGAUUCAUCUACAUCGUUUCGCUUGUCCGGACCGCGAGGACACCUCCCCCUCGCCUCUCCGCCCUCCGCACACUGCCUCGCCGCCGCACUCCCUCCGUCUGCACUCUCCGCUCUCUCUCUCUCUCGUCGUGUUGUGUCGUCGAUUUGUGCGCGAGUUUUUUCGUCGCUUCACAUGAUUCUCCCCCUUUUCUCAUUCACUUUUUCACUUUUCACUCCACGGAGAUCAUCGAUUUCCAGAUUGGGCGUCCGUGUGCGCGCCACUUUUAAAAUUAGACCUGCGCGCUCGAAGAAAUACGACGGAAUUUCGUAAAAAGUUGCGAAAGUUGAAGUCGCGUUGCUAGGAUACCUGAAAAGGGCGAAAUUAGAGCUGAAAUGCCGAAAAACAAAAUAGAACUCAAAGUUUUCUCGCUCCGUUUUGUCUUUUUCCGCUUGAAAACGUGAAAACUUGAAAAAUUUGCAGACACCGUGUCAAAAUCAAAACGGUUCAACGACGAGAAAGACAAGAAGCACACUCCCGUCCGGCGACACAUCGUUCGACGAUGCGGGAGAACAUCAGAAUGACGUCGCCGCCGCCGUCGGAUCAGCAGGAAGAGACGGGAGAGAUGGAUCUGAGUCGGCUUCAGAAGCGCAGAGGAAAAUCACAGAACGGACAGGCCGUCUACCUGGACGAGCGAGUCGGACCGAGGACUGCAGACCUGGCUGCGCGGAAAGACUGGUGGGGCAAAAGGACGACCGAGCAGAAGCUGGAGCCGAGCAACAAGUUCUACAUGCAGACGCUGUUGACGAAAAAGACGAGAACGAUCAGCUACUUAGAGAUAAUCGCGUUCGUCAGAGGACCCGCGCAAAAGGCAGGACUCGGAAAUCCGCUGGGACCUUGGCCGGCGACGAAGCAUGAUUACGUGGAGAAGGAGGAUCCGAUGAAGGUGGACUACUGUCUCGACGAGAUCGACAUGGAGUACCUGCACAACGUCAAUGCGAUCCGUUAUUCGCGCGGCAAGGCGGCGUACACGAUUCCAAAGUUCGAGUUCUGGAUGGAUCGCCUCGAGAAAUGGUCGACCUUCCAGCCUUUCGAGCAUCCGAGACCCGUCAACGAGUACGGCGAGGUGAUCGACGACGUGUGCAGCAUCUGUCUGGACGGCGACACCUCCAACUGCAACCAGAUUGUCUACUGCGACAUGUGUGGCCUGGCGUUCCAUCAGGACUGCUACGGAGUGCCGUUCCUACCCGAAGGCCCGCUGCUCUGCCGGAAAUGUGCAUUCUCUCCGGCGGGCCGAGUUCGUUGCUCUCUGUGUCCGUCGCACGUCGGCGCAUUCAAACGGACCCAGGACGGAAGAUGGGUUCACGUGCUCUGCGUGGUCUGGAUCGACGAGACCCACUUUGGAAAUUCAAUAUUCAUGGAGCACGUGCAGGGCGUCGACAAGGCCCUGAACGACCGUCGUCAGCUGAGUUGCCAGUUCUGCAGAACGAACAAGGACAAGGAGGCGGCGAGGCACGGAGCCUGUGUUCAGUGCUCGGAAACCAAGUGCACCUCCUCAUUCCACGUCACUUGCGCCCGCAACGAGGGACUCGUCAUGCGCGUCGUAGAGACCAACCACACGGUCCAGAGGUACGUGUGGUGUCAGAAGCACCAGCCGAAGCGGACCGAGGAGGACAUUGUGCAGCACAAGCACGCUCUGCGCAACUACAAACGAGAGAUCGAGAUCGACAGAGAGCCGUCCGUCAGGUAACCGAUCGAAACACCCCCGAGUUAUCUUACUAUCUCCCAAUCCGAAGACAUUUCAGCAUGCCGAGCAUCACUCUCGAGAAGCUCGCCCUGAUCUCCUCGCAGGAGCCGCUGGGCAAUCAGCAGGACGUGCGGGACCUCGUCGCGCACUGGUACCUGAAGAGAAAGAGCAAACUCGGAGCGCCGCUCAUGAAAACCCAUGUGGAUCAUGGAGUGCCCGGCAGAAGACGGCGGGAGUCGAAGAUCAGCGAUCCACGAUUCGUGGCCAUCCGAAAGCAGAUCAUUGCCGUCGGAAGAUCUCUCGAGAAGGGAGUCCAGAUGAUGGACUAUCUGUUAAAAAGGGAGCAGCUCAAGAAGGAAUGCGUGAGUAUUUAUAUCAUUUGAAUCGGACAAUAGAGUUUUCUUUUUCAGUACCUAACACAGGUCAAUUUGCUCGAAAAAAUGCUUGUGCCGACAGACGUGGUCUGCAGCCAGAUAGUGCAAGAACUCUCCGAAAAGGAUGACUCGGCCGUCUUCGCAGAGCCCGUCGACAUUCCCGGCUACAAAGAGAUUAUCACGAAUCCGAUUGAUCUGAAGACCAUGGCCGAGAAAGCGAAGAAGAAAAAAUACGCGAAUGUGAGCGAAUUAACGGCUGAUGUUUUUCUGAUGCUCGACAAUUGUGCAAAGUUCAACCGAGGAAACACGUGGUUCGUAAAUUAUGGAAGAACUUUCCGAAGGAACGCCACACCUAUCCUGGAAAGGGAAAAAAAGAAGGAAGAAGAGAGGCAUAAACUCUUGGCGGACAGCGAAUUCAUGAUGCUCGUACUGGACACGCUGAUGACGGAUAACGUGACAACUGAUGAGCCGAUGGACACGGAAGAACCUCCGAAGGUGGUCGAACUGCCGGACGAAUCGGGAAGCCGAGAGCAGCAGACGGAGCCAGCGAUGAAGCGCCGAAGACGAAACGAUUCGGAGUCGAAGAUGGAAAAGUCGGUGAAGAUUGAGCUAAUGGACGAGACUGAUCAGCCGGGACCAUCACAAGACCCACCGUCGACUGCCAGAAGACCAAGAUCAAGGAGGCGUGGCGGACAAGACCCUACAGAAGAGGAUCAGAAGCCGUCGACGUCAUCUGCCCCUGGAAGUGUCAGAAGAUCCGGAAGAUCGGCGCAGAAAGGACCUUCCACGUUAUCUGCUGCUGACGUGGAAAUCAAGACGGAGCCGAAAUGGUCAGGGACCAAGGCCGCCGAAACACUUCACAACAAAGUGCAAGAGUUCAGCACAGAGAAGCCGUCCGGAUCCCUCCGACAGACCACUCUCACCAACUUUUUUAUACCGGCGUCCAAGAAUCAGCAACUGACGUUCGCCACCGUGCCAGCCAACAAGAAUAGUGAGUUUUCAUAUCAAGUUUAUUGUACUCAAACUAAUUUUUCAGCCCGCUCCGUCUUCGAAAGCGUCUCCACACCUAAAACGACCCGAUCCUCGACGAGAAGUUCGACGGCGUCCACCUCAUUCACUUCCAACUCAUCGGUCGCUCCGAGAACGUCGUUCCGAAUGACGUCGGCCCUUCAAAGUCCGCUAUCGGAGCCGCGAAAAAUCGGAGUGCGCGCGGUGAAGACUGACGACGAAGACGAGGAAAUGAUGAUUGUGCCGCAGCCGCAGGAGCUGAGCCCGUCGGAACUGGCGGCGCAGAAGAGGAGAUCGGCGGAGAACGAGGCGCACUCGAAGUUCGCGCACAAUCAGCUGGUGAUAGUCGACGGCAGAGCAGCCAAGUAAGAACCUUUUCCAGAGUAUUUUCAAAGCAAUUUCGUUCCCAGAGUAAUCGAGCAUCAACUCGCCCAUUUGUCGGACAUUCAUUACGAACAAAGGCAGUCGAUGAUGAAAAAGCGCCGCGAGAUUCUCGGCGAGAUCCCGCAGCAGGCGCUGAUCUACGUGGAGUUCUUCCAAAAGUCGGCGAAUUUGGAGAAUUACAAGUGGGUGAAGCCGGACGCCGUCGAACUGCUCGAUUUGAACAAUGUGCAGAAGACGCAGAAGAUUCCGGGACUGAAAGCGGCCAAAGAAUGGUGAGAAAUGAGGAGAAUGACGGAAAAAAUCUAUGGAGAAAUUGAUUGCAGGCAUCAAAAAGUGCUGAAUGGCGAAGACGUUUGA